CAAGUUUCUUUCCCUGCGUAACCGCAAUUACUCCUUUGGACGGAGUAUACAACAGUAGCCCCAUCGCGGUUGUCGACGGCUCCACUUUCUACUUCCUUUUUUUUUCCAGACCUCUGCUCCUUUCUCUUUUGAUUCUUAUAGAAACGAAAGGCCGAGGCACCUCAGUUUUCCUCUUUCUAUUUUCUUGUCAAUUCAAGAAACUCAAAAUAUCCAUCACACGCCAUAACGCAGGGUCUUCCAAUCAAGUCGCGUAUAACCUGCUGUCCUUCCCGGCCCCGCAUACUUUAAAUACAACAGAGUACAAGAAGCGCCUGUUCGCCCGCAUUCCAAUCUCCUCCCACUUUCUCGUCCCUGCAAAGGCUCGAGAGCCUCCCGAAUCUCAACGUGAUGACUGCCAGAUCGAUUAUGAGCCAUGGCUCAGAAACGCUAGAUGUCUUCACGCGUCGAUCUCAACCAAAAGUCGAGAUCGAGCUGGUCGGCCAGAAGCCAGGCCUGGUCAACUCUUAUACAACCAGCGACCAGAUCGAGGGGAGCGCAAAGAUCACAGUUGAUGCCGACACACGUUUUGAUGAGGUUGAAAUUAUCUUCCAAGGUACAUCACACACCACUGUCGAGCGGGCCUCAUGCCCCGGACGUACAGGGUCACAGCAAAUGUUUCUCAAGCUGCGCCAGCCAAUCGAUGAAUCAGACUAUCCCUGCCCCCGCAUUAUGGAAGCAGGCCGCACAUAUUCUUUUCCAUUCACCUUUGUGGUACCCGAUCGUCUGCUGCCACAAGUAUGCACCCACCCACGAGCUAACAUGCACAUUCACAAUGCCCACACUAUGCUCCCACCUACCUUGGGAGAUCCCAUGCUAGCUGGCAACGGCAAGACUUUGCUGGACGACAUGGCCCCCGAGAUGAGCCAGAUCUCCUACAUUGUUCGCGCAGCGGUAUUGAAGAGGUCAUCAACCGACCACGGCAGCCUCAAGACCCUGGCCAAUAUCGCCAAGAAGGUUCGCAUUAUCCCGACUGUUGAGGAAGAGCCUCCAAUCAAUGUGGCCGACCACUCCUAUUAUUGCACCCGAAAGGAGAAGAGCGUCAAGCGUGGUUUCUUGCGAGGCAAGCUCGGCCGCUUGGUGGCUUUAGCAUCUCAACCGAAGCCGAUUCGCUUGCUUCCUCCUAGUUGCGAAUCCAGUGAUACAGUCAGCACCAUGACAACAGUUCACCUCCGAUUCGAUCCCGUGGGUGAUGAGCAGCCACCCAAGCUCGGCUCGAUGACCAGCAAGAUCAAGGCCAGCACUUUCUACAGCGCAGGACCGUGGGAUGAUUUCCCCAUGCAGUCUGGCUCCACCCCCAUCUCCCAAGUUGGCCAAGGUCUCUUCACCGAGUCCGUCCCCAUUUCCAACAUGUGCGUUGCCUCCGCAAAAUGGAUCAAGCACUCUGCAUCGACCGAGUGCGAGCGCCGGGACUCCGUGCAAUCAAUGACCUCCGACGACUCAACCGGCCCCUCAACCUCUUUCUCCGGCGAUACAUACUACACCGCAUCAGUAGUAAUUCCCAUCAGCCUCCCCGACAACAAAACCUUCGUCCCGACCUUCCACACCUGCCUGAUCUCGCGAACUUACUUGCUCGACCUAUCAUUGACCUACCACACCCCGGGCACGAAUGUCCUCACCCCGACUAUCUCGCUCCGUCUCCCUGUUCAAGUCAUCACGCAACCAAAGUAUGCCGAUUCCCUCAAGUCUGAUUUGGGCAUGAUUGUGACACAGGAAGAACUGGACGAAUUCUUCCAGCCACGCUCGGUUGCCCCUCUCAACGAGUCGGUCGUUGAUGUCAGCCUCGCACCCCCUGGGUAUUCGGAGACGGUUAUUAGCUCCGGCUUGCGAGGAGUGCACACUGCGUCUUGAAGGUCCUUCCUUUUGAUAAUGUCUUUAUCUUUCCUUUGUUUUCUGGAUUUCGGCUUCAUAAUUUCCUAAUACCCGGUGGCUUACACAAAAGUUGAUUUUGUUUUUGUUUGUUCUGUUGACUUGUUUUGCAUGGCAUUUUCUUUACAUUAAUGAGUUUGAGCCUUCUACCUUUGAUUGUUUUGAUGGAUAUACCCCCUCAUUGUUUGAUUCUAAACGAGCGCAUUGUCAUGUUCUUUUUCACUUAGAAUUCUUAUG